GAACAACAAUAACAACGGAUGGACCGAACGCGACGAACGCGACUUUGUCACGCGUUACGAGCAAGAGCUUGCCAAAGUCUACCGGUUUGUGGAUGCCAAACUUACCGACAUUAAGCGUCGAGUGAGUGCCUGUGAAAAGGCUCUCAGCAGUACGAGCACUGCACCCGCCGCCGCCGCCGACCACGACGACGGUGGCGGUCUUGCGGAUCAACUUGCCGAGAUUCUAUUUCAAGUCAAUGACUUGGCCCGAUUCCAUCGACUCAACUGUCAAGGAUUUAUAAAGAUGGCGAAAAAACACGACCGCUGGACCCAUUUAAGCAACUUGACGCAACACUAUCACCAAACCCUCCAAAAGAAAUGGCCUAUCGAGACGGACAUGGCGCACCAGUUGGAUCAAGUUGUUGUUCGCAUCUCGUAUGCAAACGUAACGUGUGAAGAAGGAAUAGCAGGACCAUUACCACCACCACGAUCGUCGUCGUCACCGACAACCCUCUAUAACGAUCAAACGGCCUUUGAACGCGCAACGACAAAGUAUUGGGUGCAUCCGGAUAAUGUCACCGAAGUCAAAUCCAUCAUCCUGUUUCAUUUGCCUGUCCAUAUCUACAACAAGGAAAAGCAGUACGAGGCCAAAGAUGCAGCGAUUUCAUCUGUCUAUUUCGAUAAUUCCAACUUUGACCUGUACACCGAACGAUUGGAACGGACAAAAGGCGCAGAGGCCAUUCGGUUUCGUUGGUAUGGACAAGAGACCGACAGUAUCUAUGUCGAACGCAAGACGCAUCAUGCAGAGUGGUUGGAUGGCAACUCGGUCAAGGAUCGGUUCAUGCUGAAUGAAAAGGAGGUGGAUGCGUUUGUCCAAGGCAGCUACACGGCGGAUGCGAUUGUUGCGGAUAUGCGUGCACGCAAUAAUAAUAAAACCAAGAACAACCCUAAUGAUGAAGACACCCUCCAGCAUCAGCAUUUUGUGGCCAAGGGCGUCGAAAAAUCAUUCCGUGAGCGUCAUCUAGAGCCCAUGUGUCGCGUCUACUAUAACCGUACAGCAUUCCAACGACCCAACGACCAACGCUUACGGAUUUCGCUCGACUGCAACUUGACAUUUAUCCGGGAAGACCAACUCGACGGCAAGGUGCGACGACCCCACAACAAGUGGCAUCGCACGGACGUCAAAAUCGACCAUCCUUUCCACCACGUCCAUCCACGCGACAUUCAUCAUUUCCCGUAUGCGGUGCUUGAGACCAAGAUCCAGACGCAUCUGGGACAAAAGGUGCCGGCCUGGCUACAAGCGCUCCUCUCUUCCCAUUUGGUGUACGAGGUGCCGCGUUUCUCAAAGUAUCUGCAUGGAGCCUCACACAUGUUUCGAGAUCAGGUACCCGUGUUACCGUGGUGGUUGGAAGAACUGGACAAGGACAUUCGCAAGCCGCCGGUCUUUGGUGUAGGCUUGUCCCGCUCAUUGAGUCUGCAGCCGCUGGUCAAUGGCCAUCAUCGUCGUUCACUUUUCCAACCAUCCUCCGCUGCCGCGCAACCACAACACGUGUCCAUCAAUCUUAUGGGUGAUGCAAAGAAAGGUGCUGCUGCUGCUACUACUACCACACGUAAAAAGUCAUUGAUGAUGGCAGCGACGGGUAGAGCCAAGGAUGAUGACAAAAAGGGAGGCAAUGGAGACCUAUUGUCACGAUUCUAUCCCAAACUGGUCGACAGCGGCAAAAAGUUCAUCAGCAACAAGGAGACACCAUCAUCACAACAGCAACAACAACUACCACGUCCAAUAUCGCAACGCAUGAUGAAGCGCACAGAGCCAAAGACGUUUUUUGCAAACGAACGCACGUUUAUCUCCUGGCUACAGUUCUGUGCUUUACUGUUGACGGUGGCACUCAACUUGCUGAACCAUGGAGACCAUAUAUCGCGUGUCAUUGGUGCAGUGUUCAUCAUUAUGGCGUCAGUUUUAUGCUUUUAUGCACUUGGACGGUACCAGUUCAGAGCGUAUCAAUUACGUACAGGCCGAUUCAUUACGCGCUAUGAUGACUUGUAUGGACCCACCAUCCUAUGCAUCUGUCUGGUGACUGCAUUGAUCGUUAACUUUUAUCUUCGGCUUCCCGCCAUCACCCAACAAUCCACUAUAACACCACCACCACCACCUUCAUCUUAGAACAAAGAACGCAUCCCAUUAUUCUUCUUCUUCCUCAUGCAUUUGCCUUGUUUUUGCUCUCUCUGUCGCUAAUCAUCUUUUCAAAGAGGACCCCUUUCAUAGUCUCAAAACAUUAUCAUUAAAAAGCAGCAUAUAUAUA